AUGCGUGUGUUUCUCUUUUUGAAUAUACCAGUGGCAUUUGGAUCAAAAUUAAACCCAGUUGAGCUAGUUGAACUUAAAUUAUCAGUAGCAACUGUAGUAACAACUGGGCCAUCACUGGACUAUUUGAUUACUACUAAAGUAUUUACUUUGGUAUUUGUAUCUGUUGGAUUUUGUGUAUUAGGCCCAGUUACUACAGUAUCUGUUGCUGGAUCACUACUAACUGUAUUAGUGUCUGACUUACCAUCAGAUUUUGGUGCAUUUGGGUCAUCAGAUUUUGGUGCAUUUGGAUCAUUAGGUUUUGGUGCAUUUGGAUCAUUAGGUUUUGGUGCAUUUGGAUCAUCAGGCUUUGGUGGGUCAGGUUUUGGUGGGUCAUUAGGUUUUGGUGCAUUUGGAUCAUUAGGUGCAUUUGGAUCAUUAGGUUUAGGUGCAUUUGGAUCAUUAGGUUUUGGUGCAUUUGGAUCAUUAGGUUUUGGUGCAUUUGGAUCAUUGGGUUUUGGUGCGUUUGGAUCAUUAGGUGCAUUUGGAUCAUUAGGUUUUGGUGCAUUUGGAUCAUUAGGUUUUGGUGCAUUUGGAUCAUUAGGUUUUGGUGCAUUUGGAUCAUUAGGUUUUGGUGCAUUUGGAUCAUUAGGUUUUGGUGCAUUUGGAUCAUUAGGUUUUGGUGCAUUUGGAUCAUUAGGUUUUGGUGCAUUUGGAUCAUUAGGUUUUGGUGCAUUUGGAUCAUUAG